AUGGGCCUCAUAGAUCUGGACUGUAGAAGAUAGGGCUUUGCUCUGGUCAUGUUGGUAACUUAGGAAAUCAGAAAAGGGGUUCUGUAGAGCUAAUAGCUGUUCUUCCCAUCAGGUGAUGCUGAGCUGGUACUGGGGGACUUGGUGAGCUGAUACUUAGCAACUUGGAAGAAGGUCUUCCAGAAUUGUGACUCAGAUCUCAGAGAGAGAGAAGUGGUAUACACAUGGGGCUUAUAUCAGGGUGCUUUGUGGUAUGCCUGGAACAUCUGAGGAAGGGACACUGGCUAGCUAGUGUGGAUCACCCGGGGUACUGGAGGAUGGCUCUGUACAUCUGGUGCUCAGACUUCUGAGAAGGGCACACUGUUCAUCUAGUACUCAUACCUUUGUUAGGGCUUAAUGGAGCUGGUUCUGGGAAUGUGGUAACCAACUGUCCCCACCAGAGCAAGGCAUCAUGGCUGGGAAUUUAUAGAACGUAAUAGCAGGCAGGCAGAUAGGUAAUGACAAGUUCCUUGUCCUCUUUUCUUGCGUUUUAUUCUCUCUCUCGAAUCCGUGUUGAUAAAACUUCAGGAAGCCAAAUAACAACGGAGAAAUAUAAUGUGCAGAUCCCAUCUCCAGCUAUAAAUUUUAGUUUUGGAGUUCAGGAAAUAAUUGAUAAUUAUAUAACAAGUGUCAAUAGAAUGCUGCUAUAGCUUCUGUGGUGGUAGGUAACAGCAGGGGGUGCUGAUCUGUGUGAGGCUCUCUGAUAUUUAGUAUUGUGUCAGUUGGUUGUGGCUCACUAAAUUGACUUCAUGACCCUGUAUGGCUUGUGACCUAAGCUUGAGAAACACUGAAAUGAGUCUGUGACUGGGCAUGAGAGGAGACAUGGGAAGAUAAAGGUUUGGGGCAAUUUGAAAUAGCUGCUGGAAAUAGAAGAGCUAAGUAUUGAUUAAGAGGAAAACCUGAACACUGCUUGAAGUGCUGGUAACCGUAGAAAGGAGGGCUUUGGAGUCAUAUCGGUUCACAUGGUUUGUGGUAACACAGUGUUCCUUCAAGGCUCAUCUUUGGAGCAAUGCAAUGUUGACAGUCUGAUGUGUCUCAAAGAUUCUCAGCAAUGAACUUUUCUAUUUAUUACUGCAUCAUAUUUCUGACAAAGCUUAAUAUAGGUUAUUCUCCUUUUUAUAAUGCUUUAUCUUUUCUUUUUUUUUUUUUUGAGAGAGAGCACACGUAUGUGUUUGAGCGUGCACUCAUGUGCGCAUGUGCACAAGCAGGGGAGGGGCAGAGAUGUGGGACUGGAUCCACAAACUGUGAGAUCGUGACCUGAGCGGGAAUCAAGAGUCAGAUGCUUAACCGACUGAGCUACCCAGGCGUCCAUCUAAUGCUUUAUGUUUAAUAUCCCUCUUCCAACUCACACAUUCUCAUCCUUUUUUAAAUAUAAUUUAUUCUUUUUAAGUUUUAGUUGUUAACAUACAAUACAAUAUUGGCUUCAGGAGUGGAAUUCAGUGAUUCAUCACUUACAUACAACACCCAGUGCUCAUCCCAACAAGGGCCCUCCUUAGUACCCAUCACCCAUCUAGCCCAUGCCCCACCCACCUCCCUCCAGCAACCCUCAGUUUGUUCUCUAUCAUUAAGAGUCUCUUGUGGUUUGUUUCCCUCUCUUCUAUUCCUCCACCCCUUCCUGUUACGUUCAUCUGUUUGGUAUCUUAAAUUCUGCAUAGGGUAUUUGUCUCUCUCUGAUUGACAUUCUCAUCUUAAUAUUCCCAGAUCUGUAGCAUAUACCAAGUAUAUUAUGAAGAGAGAAAUGGAGAGGAAAUCUAGUAAUUAGGAUUUCACCUCUACCAGAGAUCCUUUCCCUGAAAGGAUUCAUUUAGUAUUCUUGGCUUCCAGUAGCCAUCCAUUAGUUCUGAAAAAGCAUCUAAAUGUGGACAGGAGUUCUUGACAUUAUAAUGCUAAGGAUAUUUUUCAUACUCUAUACUGCUGACCCCAUUUGUGUACUUAUUUAGAAUAUUCGUGUCACCAGUAUAUAUGUUCCAGUGUGUCUCCAAAUUUAAUUUUUGCUUUCAAAUAUUCAAUAAAUUAUUGAUACUUUUAAUAAAAGUUAGUGAAUGAACAAAUUUAACUUUUGCCUGAACCAAAAUUUAUGUUUUCAACAGGAAUGACAUAAGUCCACUUGAACUGUGUGUGGCCUUUUGAACGUUUUAAUGAACUGACUCUAGGUUUAAGCUUCUCAAUCCAUCUUUCUCUAGAGAAUUCAGCUAAAUCACUGGCCAUGAAAAAAUAUAGAAUAGAAUCUAUAUUUAUACAUCUAAGAUGAGUCUCUUAUGAUUGAAAGUAUGAUGCAGCUGAGCUGGGUAGAGAGAAGGCUGCUGCCUGCAUGCUGUGAUUGGAGGCAGUUGGGCUGUUUGCCUUGUCUCAAAAUAGCAACGCAUUCCCUGCUUCCCUAUCAGUGUGGCUGCCUUUCUUUGGAUGUCCAGAGUUUUUCUACAGAUAAGAAUGCAUCUUAAAAUAAAAAUCUGUCUUGAUUGGAAGGGGUCUCCCAAAAUUAAUGAGUCCCUUAAGUGACACUUACUUUGACUGCUAACCUCGGAUACAAUGGGAGAUCAGAUGUCCUGCACAAGUAAAGGGGAGAUAGAAUAAACUGUGUGGAAAAAAGAGACAAAAAAGUCGGUGGGUUUUGGAUGGGUUGUCCACAUGCUUCCUGAAGAUAGGAGGGUACUGGUAGAUUUUUGGUUGGAGGAGCAAUCGGGAAGUCAGAUGUCUGUCUUUUCAUAGGGAAAAUUUCAUUGCCGGUUUACAUGUUUAGAAAACAGUAUGUAAUCAAUUUUUAUCUAUCCACCAUCCAGUUUCAACCAUUAUUUAUGACUAACCUCCUUCAUUUCUUCCUCUAGAAACCUGUCCUCUACCACCCCCUGCCUGCCUACACACACACACACACACACACACACACACACACACACGUAUAUGUGUGCAUAUGUAUAUACUCAUAUAUGUGCAUAUGUAUAUGACAGUCUCGGGCAUUUUAUUAAUUCUAGCCUCAUUCCAAUUGAAGAAUCACUUUUACCUCACUUUCUUCUCUCUCUAUCCCACCCUUCCUACCCCACCAACCCCAUCCUAGCUCUUCUUUUUUAUUUCCACUUUCAGCACUGCAACUCUGAUGGUCCACCUCUUCUAGGACACAGAUCCAUAAAGGUCAACCCUGCACCCUAAACAGCUCAGAGGGAGGAGCCAGACCAGCAGUACCUCAUACCCUGCCCUCUUCUGCCCUGGACAAGUGGCUUCAUAAUGACAACUCCAUAAUGGCAGUGGGUGAGGCCUUGGUGCACAUCAGGAUCACUCUUCUGCUCCUCUGGGUUGGGAUGUCUCUGUUCAUUUCUGGCCACUCUCAAGACAGGCCCUCCGAGCACUUCUCCUCCCCAGAAUUGGUGGUCCCCUUGAAGGUGACUGGCAGGGACCGAGGUAUAAAGGCUCCAGGCUGGCUCUCCUACAGCUUGCAGUUUGGGGGCCAGAGACACAUUGUCCACAUGAAGGUCAAGAAGCUCUUGAUUUCUAAACAUUUCCUGGUGUUCACCUACACAGACCAGCAAGCCCCCCACCAGGAUCAGCCUUUUGUUCCUGACGACUGCUACUAUCAUGGUUAUGUGGAAGGAGUCCCCGAAUCCCUGGUUGCCCUCAGUACCUGUUCUGGAGGUUUUCGAGGAAUGCUGCAGAUAAAUGACCUUGCUUAUGAAAUUGAGCCAGUUAGGUUUUCUGCCACAUUUGAACACCUGGUAUAUAAGAUAGAUAGUGAGGAUACCCAACUCCCACCUAUGAGAUGUGGGCUAACAGAAGAGGAAAUAGCACGACAUUUGCAGUUGAGAGCCUCAUAUAAUUCCACUCUGAUACAAAGUUCUUAUGCCGGCUGGUGGACCCACUUGCGGUUUCUUGAGCUGGGUGUAGUCAUGGACCAUAAUCGAUUCCUGUACUACGAAAGUAACGUGUCAGUAGUACAGCGUGAAGUAUUUGAUGUUAUCAAUAUACUAGAUAUCUUAUAUUACUCUUUGGAGGUUGAUGUAGUUUUGACUGGGAUUGAAAUCUGGAGUGAAAGAAACCUAGUUGUCGCUGAUCAGAUAGAUCAGCUUGUGGAGGAUUUUGCCCUUUGGAAGUCUGUCAAUCUUGAUGCCCGACUGCACCAUGAUACUGCCCAUCUUUUCAUAAAAAAACGUUUUGGCACAAAGCUUGGAGUUGCCUACGUUGGAGGGAUAUGCCAACGCCCUUUUAAUAGUGGAGUUGAUGUUUUUGAAGGAGACAGUCUGUUUUAUUUUGCACUUACUGUGUCCCAUGAACUUGGUCAUAAUUUGGGUAUGUUUCAUGAUACUGAGCAAUGUGUGUGUGGGCUUCAGUGGUGCCUAAUGUAUCCUUCCCGGAAGGUGACAACUAAGUUCAGCAAUUGCAGUUAUGCCCGGUACUGGGACAAUACUCUCUCUAGAGGGUCAUGUAUCAAGUCAUCUCCACAUUCUGCGAAUAUCUCUAUGGGACAGUUUUGUGGGAACUUAGUGAUUGAAGAAGGAGAGGAGUGUGACUGUGGCACCAUACACCAGUGUUUAAAUGACCCCUGUUGUCUGUUGAACUGUACUCUGAAGCCUGGAGCUGCUUGUACUUUUGGAAUUUGUUGCAAAGACUGCAAGUUCAUGCCAUCAGGGACUGUGUGCAGACAGCAGGUGACUGAAUGUGACCUCCCCGAAUGGUGUAAUGGGACAUCUCAUCUGUGCCCAGAAGAUGUAUAUGUGCAGGACGGGGUUCCCUGUGGUGAUGAUGCCUACUGCUAUGAAGGGAGAUGUCCCAACCAUGACAAGCAGUGCAGGGAGAUUUUUGGCAAAGACGCAAGGAGUGCAUCUCAGAGAUGCUACAGAGAAAUCAACACCCAAGGAAAUCGAUUUGGUCACUGUGAUAUCGCAGACCUAAUAUACAUAAAAUGUGAGGCCCCUGAUAUUCUCUGUGGGAGAGUACAGUGUGAGAAUGUGGAAGUAAUUCCUAGUCUGAUACAGCAUUCUACAGUGCAUCAACUUCACCUCAAAAACAUCACUUGCUGGGGCACUGAUUAUCAUGUAGGGAUGUCCAUACCUGAUAUUGGCCAAGUGAAAGAUGGCACAGUGUGUGGUCAAAAAAAGAUAUGCAUCCACAAGAAGUGUGUCAACAUGACCUAUCCACCGCGAAGCUGUCAGGCUGAUGAGACCUGCCACAUGAACGGAGUCUGCAAUAAUAAACAGCAUUGCCACUGCAACUAUGGAUGGGCACCUCCCAAGUGCCAGCAUGUGGGCCAUGGAGGUAGUAUUGACAGCGGGCCACCUCCUCAGAACCAGGUGGCAUCAGAAGGAGAGAAAUGGUUGGACUACCUGAUAUUAUUGUGGUUCAUUCCUUUAACUCUUUUCGUUUUACUUUUCCUAAUUAUACUUGGUAAGAAAAUUUUGAAUGAAGAGGAGGAGCGGGAGGAGGAAGAGGAAGGCUAAAAACUCCUGUCUCAUUAAACAAAUAUCUAGCACUUCUUUUAAUAGUACAGAAACAUUAGAGCCAGUCUGACUGUUUAAAGAAAAAUUUAAGGAUCCCUCAUAUCAGGAUCAUAAGCAUUAAUAUCACACCAGAGGAUUUCUAGCAUGUACUUUCUUACUCUUCAUGUUUUAAGCAAUAUUAAAACUUCAUUUUUUUUUCCCUCGGAAGUCGUCUGUUUUUAUUUCCUGGGCAAAGGCACAGCAAGGAAAUAUUUUUAAGCUGGUGUCUAUCAGCUCUAAUCCUCCUCCCACCUUUGUGCUCUAGAUGUAAUGUCAGGGAUAUGCCUCUACAGAUCCCACUUCUGUUCCACCUGUUUUCUUGUGGGUAACUGUACCAACAGAGGGCAGUAGAAGUAGCCUAGAGUGCUGGAUGAGGGGGGAAAGGAGUUACGUUUCUGUGUGCCGAAAGUAACUCUAUCAUUUUGGCUGGGGCCAUUCAUUCUAGUAGCCAAGUUUGGUUUUGGACUCCAGUUUUGUUGGCUCUUUAGAACCACCUUCAUUCUUGGUCACUGACACCCUCAGAGGUCUGACGUGCAGCUCUGAGCUUAGCAGGGUGGUCCUCCUCUGAUUUCUGACCAGCAACUGGUCCCUUGCCCUGCUCUGCAAGGGACCUCCUUGAAUCACCGGCAUAUUGAUAAACCACUUUCCUUUGUUCUUUCCUUUGUUCCCCUCACUCUAGGGCUAUCAAGUGCUUUCAGUAGUUAUUUCACGGUGAUAGUCUGAAUUCUCCAGAAGCAAAGUUAGAGCUUAGAUUGUGAGAUUUUGAUAGGGACCAACGACUGUGAAAAGGGGAGGAAGUCAGUUGUGCAGAGAGAAAUGGUACUGCACUGAAGCCAUGGCCAGCCCAGCAGCGAGCUCUGGAAUAAAUACUGCGUGACAGAUUUGGCCCAAAAUGGCCAGGUCUUCAUACCCUCUCUUGCUCAUUCACUGGAUGUGGGGUGACCUGGGAAGGCAACUGAGGCUAUCCUAAAUAGCUGACAUCUGGAGACUCUCUGCUGAUUAUGAUCUCCGCAGCUGUUCAGCAAGACUUUCCUUGAAGGAGAAUCAAAGUGGCUUAUUUGGGGCUCCUGGGUGGCUCAGUCAGUUAAGCAUCCAACUUUGGCUCAGGUUAUGAUCUCACGGUUGGUGGGUUCGAGCCCCACAUCAGGCUCUGUGCUGACAGCUCAGAGCCUGCAGCCUGCUUCAGAUUCUGUGUCUCCCUCUUUCUCUGCCCCUCCCCCAAUCAUGCUCUGUCUCUCUCAAAAAUAGACAUUUU